CUGCUUGGAGAAUAACCUAAAACUGCGGUGCGAGACCAAACCGGAAGUCAGGACCAGACAGACUGGUUGAUCAGGCAAAUACACGGAAUAUUUCAUCAGUGCCAACAACCUGUUGUGUUCUCUGCCGUUGUGUCCUGUACACGGACGAGAGGUGACGUGCUCCAGCUCGACAGAAUUCUGGAGUAUCUAUGGCGUCAGAAUCAUCAAGUGACUAUGACUAUCUCAUCAAAUUCUUAGCCUUAGGAGAUUCAGGUGUCGGUAAGACCAGUUUCCUGUACCAGUACACAGAUGGCACCUUCAAUCCUAAAUUCAUCACAACGGUGGGGAUCGACUUCAGGGAAAAGAGAGUGGUUUACCGUCCUAGUGGAGCCGACAAUGUUGGCAGAGGACAACGAGUUCACCUUCAGCUUUGGGACACUGCUGGUCAAGAGAGGUUCCGCAGCCUGACGACGGCAUUCUUCCGCGACGCCAUGGGCUUCCUUCUGUUGUUUGACCUGACGAGCGAGCAGUCUUUCGUGAACAUCCGCAACUGGAUGAGCCAGUUGCAGAUGCACGCGUACUGCGAGAAUCCUGACGUCGUCCUGUGUGGGAACAAGGCCGACCUGGAGGACCAGAGGGUUAUAUCUGAAGAGAAGGCACGGGAAGUAGCAGAGAAGUAUGGAAUGCCAUACUUUGAGACGAGUGCGGCCACAGGCAUGAACAUCUCCAAAGCCGUGGAGGGCCUGCUAGACCUGGUGAUGGUGCGUAUGGAGCAGUGUGUGGACAAGUCAAGCCUGCCCAUCACCGGACACAAGAGAUUAGAAGGCUCCACUGUGGAGGUGGACGAAGCAGGAGAGGAGUCCAAAUGUUUCUGCUGAAAUGUCCUCACUUGUUUUGUUGUUUUUUUCUUCCAGAAGAGAGAACAUAUCAGUAUCAGCGGGUAUCCAUGGUAAUUGCAUUCCAAGUAAAUUUAAAAUGAUUCUAUGGACUCCCAAAGAAAAUUAUCUUCAGGUUGCUGUGUCCAAGUGUUUUUAUUCCUCGUGCCCUGUAGUAGUGGUUUCAACAAUAUUUAUGAUAUCAGUGGUUACAACAGUAAUUGAUAUGAUAUUAACAUAUAUCAUGGCCAAAGGGUUUAUAAUCAUGAGAACAUGAUACUGCAAGAUCUAAGAAAUAAAAUCUUAUAGUAAUUGUUCAGAUCUUUUGUUCAAAACUUGAUGGAGAUAGUUGUUCUACAUUAUGCUAUGGUGUUAGAAUAUUCACACUUUUGCACACAGUCGAUGCACUGCAUGUUUAAAGUACUUCCGCCUUUGCACAAAGAACAGUGUCACACUCAUUGUAUGAUAAUAUUUGUAACAGUGUUCUUGAGACAGUUGUGGAUGGUGUCGUACAAAAUUAUGAUAGGAAGGUUGCGAUAGGUCCUUUGUGAUAGUCUCUUCUGUCCUUGUAAGUGCCCGUCACACAGCAGGAAAAUCAACAAGCUCUAAAUUACAUUUUGGGCAGUAGUACAUCCAGUUUUCUCUCCAUCAUAGUCAAUACAUUGUUUUGGU